AUGAAGUAGAUACUACUGAUAUGAUAGAUUCAGUAUAUAUAAAUUUGUUAUGUAUAGAUUCAGUAUAUGUAGAUUCAACAUAUAUAGAUUCAGUAGAUAUAGAUUCAAUAAAAGAUAAUAUAACAAAUACUACAGGUACUAUAGAUAUAGCAAAUACUAAAGAUAUAGUAGAAGUAGAUACUAAAAACAUAGUAAGUGCUAAAGGUAUAGUAGAUGCUGUAGAUAUAAAUAUAGCAGGUAUCAUAAGCGUAGAAAUUUCUGAGUAUGUUAAUUUAGAAGAAAAAGAUACUUGCACAGUUUGUCAAGAUAUAAUUAGUUCAACUCUUCAAGAAUCAAUUACAAUUUUAACAUGUUG